CGUUAAAUUUCUUAUCCCCAUCUCCUCCGCCUCCAGGCCUUCGGGAAGCCUCGAACCAAGGCCUCUCCAUUUCUCGCUUCUUCUAAUCUCUCCCCCCAAAACUCCAGCUCCAGGAAUGUUUCUCACUCUGCACCACUCGGAUUACGGAGCUUCUGCUGUUGGCUUCUCUCGCUUCUCUUUCUCUUCGUAACGGGUUUCCGAGGCGAGUCUCCAUGGAGCUCUGCAUAGCAUGCCACCUAUUACCUUCCGGCAGCCGCCGCGCAGUGGACUUCUUCUACCAUUCGGGCUCUCCAAGAAAUUUCCGGCCACCACUUGGCUGUGCAUUUGAGACUUCCUAUCUUCUCAGAAUUACUUGGCGAUGGAUACAACAACAGAAUGAUCUGAAGGUCAAUUUUCGUGCUUCCAAUCUCUCUGCAUCAACAUUGAUGUCCACAAUAGAUGAUAUAGGUUACUCAGCCAUAGCAUGCAGAGGGGUGCGGAAGGUAGUAUGGAAUAUCGAAGCUGAUGUAACCAAUGGAUAUUUGUUAUUUAUAACGGGCGAUCCAAUUUGUUUAGGCUCUUGGGAACUAGAGAGAGCUAUUCACUUGUCUCGUUGCAAGGAGCAUGCUAACUUAUUCAUCUCUGAAGUAAAGGUACCUUGCGGGAUUCAUUUCAAAUACAAUUAUUUCAUGAAAGAUGAGAGAAAUCCUUUGAGGGACAUUAUUUGGAGAUCUGGGCCUGAAUUCUCUUUAUCCAUACCUUCUCUUGGUAGUGAAAAUGAAGUCAUUGUGGUGAGAGAUUGUUGGAUGAGGAAUAGAAUACAGGGACUGCCAGUUCCCUCGUGGGGAUCGUGGAUGCUGGAUUUAGAAUUCCCCAACAAUCAGAUCAAGAAUGGAAAUUACAAAGUUUCAUCUGCAGGAGAGUUGGGCAUAAUGAGAAGUAUUAAUGGUGCUCGCUUGCUAGGAGAGAAAUUGUCCGUUUAUGAUAUUUCUAAAGAACAGUAUAAAUUUGUAGAUAGGGAUGCAGAAAUACAUGUGGUAGGUUCAGAGGAAAAGGAUUCUGAAAAAGCACAACCUGUUGAGGAACCAUGGCUACUUCGAUCUACUUUUUUUUCUUUUACUGAGUCUGGUGAACUUGAUGAUACUAUCAGUCUAGAAGAACAGCAUAAACUAAAUUUAGUGAACUUGCACGGGGCAGAUAAAAGACCUGAAGAUGAGUUCAAUAUAGUCCACAUUGAAGAACCAGAAUCAACUGUUAUACUUAUAAAUUCAUCUGUCUGUACCAUGCAAAGAAUUGCUGUCUUGGAAAAUGAUAAGCUCGUUGAGAUAUUGUUGGAACCAGUCAAGAAUAAUGUGCAGUGUGAUAGUAUAUAUUUAGGUGUGCUUACAAAGCUUGUUCCUCAUAUGGGUGGGGCAUUUGUAGAUAUUGGUAUUUCUCGGUCAUCCUUUAUGGAUAUUAAGCGGAAUAGAGAACCGUUUGCUUUUCCGCCAUUUUGUCGUGGUAUUGAGAAAGAGCCUUAUAACAAAUCUAGUAAGCUUGAACUCAAAGGUAAUUUUGACAUCCAUGGGCAUGGCCAGCCUUCAUAUGAUGAGGAUGAUAUGACUGAUUCACUAUCAGAGAUGAACCAUCAUAAUGAACAUGAAGUAGAAGAUGAACUGGAUGCAUCUGAUGCUAUUAAGAUGAACUUUGGCAACAAUAUAAAUGAGUUAAACAUUGUCGAAGCUGAUUUUGAUGAUGAAUAUGCUGAUGAUUUCCUUCCGCUAGAAGCAGAAAGCUCAAACAACUCUAGUCUUCCACUUCUUAUACAAGAAAGCUUGAAGGACGUUGAUGGUGUUGAUAGAGGUAACAACAAAUGGGAUCAUGUUCGUGAAGGGACAGAAGUAAUUGUCCAAGUGGUUAAAGAGGGGCUAGGCACAAAAGGUCCUGCUCUUACUGCAUAUCCUAGCCUAAGAAGCAGAUUCUGGAUAUUAAGCACUCGGUGUGAUAGAAUAGGAAUUUCAAAGAAGAUAACUGGCGAGGAACGCAGCCGCUUAAAAGUUGUUGCAAAAACAUUGCAGCCUCAAGGUUUUGGCUUGACUGUACGAACUGUUGCUGCUGGUCACUCUUUGGAUGAACUGAAAAAGGACCUUGAUGGAUUAAUUUCAACAUGGAAAGGCAUAGCUGAACAUGCAAAAUCUGCUGCAUUAGCUGCUGAAGAGGGUGUAGAAGGAGCAGUUCCUGUAAUGUUACACAGGGCAAUGGGUCAGACUUUGUCCGUUGUGCAAGAUUAUUUUAAUGAAAAGGUCAAGCGCAUGGUUGUUGAUUCUCCUCGAACUUAUCAUGAGGUUACUAGCUAUCUCCAGGAAAUCGCACCAGAACUAUGUAACCGAGUUGAGUUGUAUGAUAAAAGAAUACCCAUUUUUCAAGAAUACAAAAUUGAAGAGGAAAUCAAUAGCAUUCUAAGUAAAAGGGUUCCCCUGUCCAAUGGGGGUUACUUGGUGAUUGAACAGACUGAAGCAUUGGUCUCAAUAGAUGUUAAUGGGGGGCAGUGUAUGCUAGGAGAAGGAACAUCUCAAGAGAAAGCUGUUCUAGAUGUCAAUCUUGCAGCUGUGAAACAAAUUGCAAGGGAGCUACGUCUGAGAGACAUUGGUGGCAUAAUUGUGGUUGAUUUUAUUGAUAUGGUUGAUGAUUCAAAUAGAAGGCUUAUUUAUGAAGAAAUGAAGAAGGCAGUUGAAAGGGAUCGAUCAACGGUCAGAGUUUCUGAGCUAUCUAAGCUUGGGUUGAUGGAGAUCACCAGGAAGAGGGUCCGUCCAAGUGUCACAUUCAUGAUCAGUGAACCAUGCAUUUGCUGCCAUGCCACUGGAAGAGUGGAAGCUUUGGAGACAUCAUUUUCAAAGAUUGAACGGGAAAUAUGUCGCCUGCUUGCUGUCUCUCAUAACAAGCCAGAUUCUGAAAACGUGAAGUCCUGGCCUAGAUUUGUGCUAAAAGUGGAUCGUCACAUGUGCAACUACCUCACAACAGGAAAGCAAACAAAACUAGCAGUCUUAAGUAGUUCUCUCAAAGUUUGGAUUUUGUUGAAGGUAGCCAGAGGAUUCACCCGAGGAUCAUUUGAGGUGAAGCCAUUUACUGAUGCCAUGGCAAAUGAAGAGCAGCAAGUUGUUGCUCUUUCCAGAUUGCGGCCUACAGAAGCUAGGUCGUAUACUUCGACCACCAAGCUUACUUUGUUUCCUGUCAAGAAAGGGAAGAGUCGAGGUAAAUGAAAGGGCAUGUAAUAAGGUUCAUCUCCAUCUUGUUUUUAACUAUUUUUAAGUUUUGAUUUAUCAAUCUUGUCUACCUCAUUGUUCACAUAAUAUCACAAAGUAUUCUUUUGA